CUCUUCCCCAUCAACCUUUAGCAUAGCAUCACAUCCAUCUUCAGAGUCCAGACUCCACUCCAGAUCACCGUUCUCUCUCGACCUUACCAACCUUAUUCUGCCUGGGUUUCACACCUACUUACUCGACAACCUGUCGUCAUCUUUUACGUUUGGGUUGACAGCUAUUGUGCUUCUGGAUUAUUCGGCGGCCAAACCUACUGACUCAUCCAGCAGCGACGUCAAGACAGGUCGACGGUGGACCGCAAUGGCGAUGCGGCAGUGGAGUGACUAAAAACACCAGCAGCAAAGAAGCAACAUGUGGCGUGUCCGGACCCUAAACGGACUUUGUAUGUGCCCGGCGGGAAUCAUUGAAGACCACCAUUUCAUUUCGGCACUCGGUGAUGCUGCGCCGAACGGAAAUCCCGACUUCGGUUCCGUUUUCGGCCUUCUGCGACAGCCUACAACUCACAGCCGAUGAUGCAAGCAACUGUUGCGAGAAGUCGAGGCGCUCCGAACGCGGGCUGUUGUGUGUGAGAGACUGCGGCGGGAUGGCGAGACGAGGCCUUCGGGGUUAUUAAUACUCCUUUUCUCUACUUUCCUCUUCCCAUCAUGUCAAGUCGCCGUCGCCGGGGCUUUAAGACAGACGGCGAGAAACAAGCGUCGGGCCUCGACCAGGCGUCGUCGCCAAGGGACGUGAGAAAGACCCCCCCCCCCCCGCCCGGACCUCUCCCAAAAAGUGUCCGAUGACCUCGUGCAGCGAACAAGAGAAGAAGAAGAACAGAAGAAAACGCCCGCCGGAUGAUUCAAGCAUACCUGACAUUUCCUCUAUGCCCUGGAGUGCGACUCACCUGUACACAUAGUUUGGUUUGUUUCCUCUUCCGACUACGAUUCAGUAGCACCGAAUAAGCUUUACGCAUGUUUCGUCUCAUUUCUCUCCCCGGUCUUCUCACCGUACCCGUACCGGUGUCUGAUGUUCGGCGUCGCAACCGCUUGACCAUCCCACUGGGACCAACAGCCUUCGUGCUUGCUUUUGCUUCAGGGACAACGCUUCAACAGUUCGUCUGUCUCCUUCGCAAAGUUGGCUCUCAUAAAGUUAUUCGAAACCAAGUGCACAACGUCAAGACGUUUCAACCCGCCAGAGGGAAUCGUUGCACAACGGAGGACCCCACGGCCUGUCUGUCACAAUUACCCUUUCUCUCUCUCUCUCUCUCGUCGUUUGGCCCCCUCAUCUCGCCCCGGCGCAUCGCUUGGGAUCAUUUGACUCGCGCCGCAACGAGGCCUGACUAUUGACCGAUAUGGUCAAGCUCCUUCCCGGUCGUCAAGCUCGUUCCACGUUUCAUUCGGUUGUUUUUGGGAGGUCAGCAAAGCGAAACAACGGUGACAAGAGCCGGCGCCAGUCCCCGCCUCAGUCCUAACCCCAGUCCCAGUCCCUGUUCGGAGCUCCGGCCGGUGAAGCGACGGACAAAGGGCGAAUCCGCCGCCCCACCUUUUGCGCUCUGAUUGCUGCCCUUGCGCAAAGCUGCCAAAGCAUAGGUCGGCAUUCGAGGUUCGAGGACCACACACAGAGACAGACAGAGAGAGGGUGCUGUGGACGAGCGAGCGCAAGGUAGAGCAGGCUGACUGAAGGACGCCCUUCCUUUUCGAUUCGAGUGAAGAAGUCUCCGGUCCUCCGCCCUUCUUCUAUCCCCUUCUCGCGUCCUCCUCGCUCUUUGGUUCCCAUCUCUCUUAUUCUCCCCAGUACCCGAUCUUCGACUCUUCGGUCCCGAAAAGUCUGUCUUCUCCUUGCACCAACAUUAUCUACAACACGCACAUACACACCUCGCUCUUAUCGCCAUUAUACAGCACCCGAGAGAGACCGAGACACACGCAGAAGUAGACUCGACUCUGCUUUAGCAUCAGUCCCCUCAGUUCAAACACACAACAUGCCAAGUGCAACGUCGCUCCCGCCGGGCACCGACCCCACGCUUCACUUACCGCGCAUCCUCUGCCUCCACGGGGGCGGCGUCAACGCUUCCGUCUUCAAGGUGCAGUGCCGCGCCCUCAUCACCCGCCUCAAGAACCACUUCCGCCUCGUGUUCGUCGACGGGCCCUUCAUCUGCGCCCCCCACCACGACAUCGUCUCCGUCUACGGCGAUUACGGGCCCUUCCGCCGCUGGCUGCGCUGGCUCCCUGAGCACCAGGCCGUCGACGCCGAGACCGCCGCCGCCGAGAUCCACUUCCAGCUACGCAUGGCCAUGGACGACGACGACGCCCUCGGCGCCACGGGCGAAUGGGUUGGCCUGCUGGGCUUCAGCCAAGGGGCAAAGAUCAGCGCGAGCCUCAUGUACACCCAGCAGAUGCUCAAGCAGAAAUACGGCAAGCGCAUCGCCUCGGCCGGCGGUUCCGCUGACUGGAAGUUUGGUGUUCUGCUCGCCGGCCGCGCGCCACUGAUCGUGCUGGAUGACCGCCUCGAGGCCCCGCAGGGCGUCGGCGACGCCUCCGAGGCCAGCGUCGAGUUCCACGACUGGCCUAACGGCUCGUCCACCGCCCACAUGCUGAAGCUGCCGACCAUCCACGUCCACGGCCUCAAGGACGCCGGCCUGGACCACCAUCGCCGGCUGCUGAAGCAGUACUGCCAGCCGGGCACGACGCGGCUCGUUGAGUGGGACGGCGCACAUCGGGUCCCCAUCAAGACGUGGGAUGUCGAGGCCGUGGCGUCGCAGAUUCUAGACUUGGGGCAUGAGCUUGGUAUUCUAAGUGAGAGGGACACCGGGGAGAUUGCAUAGCCUUGAAGAAGAGAGAUGAGACACCCAACGAUGCAUUGCACAUAUUGGCGGUUUUGUUGUUAGUACCCAUUUAUUUCCAGAGUACCCAUUUGCGCUUUUUCCUCUUUUGUUACCUUCUUCGUUGGACAUCAUGAUGAAGCACACAUAGACUUUCAAUACCAAAUAUGAAAUCAUCAAGUCUUCACAGAACCCACCCACUGUCCACAGAACCUCUCACUUCGAGGUGUACAAACAAACCUCUCGUACCUCAUCAACGUUCUCGAUCCCAGAUUUGCAUAAC